GGCAAGCAUGAAAGGUGGAGACUACGACAAGGACUCGAGUGAAGAUCGAUACCCGGGCCAAUUCUUCUUUGUCUCCACGCAAGCGGCAGCUGCAGCAGGAGGCGUGGAAGGCUUUGAGGAGCCAGCUACUGUGGGAAAGCUUGGAGCUGCUAGAGCAGAGUACUUCCUCACCAUUGUGGACGUCUACACUCGCAUGACUUGGGUGUAUGUACUGCCCAAGAAGAGUGACGUAGCUGAAACGGUGAAGACCGAUUGGUUGCCGAUGGUGGAGCGGCAACAAGACCGACUUGUGAAGGCGAUUCGCACAGACCAUGUGGAGAAACGGUGGAUGCGAGUGCAUCAAAAGAAGUACUUGGAGGCCUUGGCUGCAAACUUUGGGAAGAGUGAAGGUCAUGUGGCUACUCCUCUACCCUCAGGGUUCAAGUGUCCUGCUAAUAUGAUGACCAAGAGGCUGGUUGAGCAGCAGCAUUGGAAGUGUUGCAAGCUUGCAGGGAUGGCUCUGAACUAAGGGGAGCAGAUUCUAAGGCCAACAAUCCGAGG